ACGUUUCAACUUCUCCUUCAAUCAAAACAUAAACGCAGUUUCUGUAUACCGAAAGAAAAGUUUCUUCUUCGCAUUUUUGUUUAAUUUAAGAAAAUUCAAUCCCAAACAAUGUCCUCAAAUUCACCGUCACCAUCCGAAUCGCCCAAUCGAAGUUCCAAUAUUAAUUUAUCACUUCCCAGUCCAAUAAUAACCAGACGAACACGAACAUCUAGCACAUCGGCUCGGGCACUCGAGAACCCCGUCGAGAAGGGAAUGAUAAAAAUAUUUUGUCGAUCAAAAGGUCAUGGUUUCAUUACUCCACAUAGCGGCGGUGACGACAUUUUCGUUCAUAUUUCCGAUAUCGAAGGUGAAUAUGUGCCAAUGCCGGGCGAUGAAGUGAAAUACCGUCUGUGCAUCAUUCCGCCGAAAUACGAAAAACAUCAAGCGGUCCACUGUCAAAUUAUCAAUUUCUGUGAAACGAAACACAAGAAAUGGGAGGACCAGUACUACGAAAGCGGCAACAAAUAAUUUCCCAACAAUUUUCCGUUUUUCCUAAAAAAUCUCCUUUCAUGCGUGCUGCAAAUGCUCGACUGUUGAAUAGUUUUUUUUUUGUUUUGAAUGAAUGAACGAAGAGAAACCGUUAAUCGAUCUAAGUUAAGCAUAAAAUUGAUAGAAAUUAUUAACAACAACAACUCCAAUGACUAUAGUGGUAUUCUAUAGUAGGGAACAGGGAAAAAAAGUAUUUUGAAAUUGUCAUUCCGCGUUCGAUAAAUUGAUUAAUAGAAAAAAAAAACGUUUUUGCAUUAAAGUCGCUACUGUAGCAGUGUUACCGGCGCCAAAUUCACAUUUUUGUUUUUGUAUUUGUUAAAUAAACCGGUUAAAUUUGACAUAUGCCAAAUCAGGUAAA